GAGUUUUGUUGUUGCUGGCUAAGCUCACAUUUUAUAAAUAAAUAUACAUAUGAUUAUGUCCUUGGCCAAAAGAAAUUCUCAUUCGACGAUAAGAGAUUGUCCGAGCUGCCACUGGCUCUGUAACUGUUUAGUUCGUGUAGGUUAAGUUGAACGUCUGUGAAGAUGUCGGCUCUUUAUACCAUAAACCUGACUCUGAACCGUGGAAUUUUCUCAAAGAUCGGAGCAUUAUCGACAAGAGCCGGUAUUUACAAGAUCGUAGGAUGCAGCUACUCGACUCAAUGCAGCGCAAAGAAUAAGCUGUAUUCGAAUGCAACUGAUGCUGUUAAAGAUAUUAAAGAUGAAUCGAAGCUUCUUGUCGGUGGGUUCGGAUUAUGCGGUAUCCCAGAGAACUUAAUUAAAGCUCUCUUGGAGCAUGGCUCCUCCAGGUUCACGGUGGUCUCUAAUAACGCAGGAGUCGAUACUUUUGGCUUAGGUUUACUUCUUAAGCAGAAGAAGAUUAAGCGAAUGAUCUCUUCCUACGUUGGAGAGAACGCCGAAUUCGAGAGGCAAUAUUUGUCCGGCGAAUUGGAAGUCGAGUUAACACCGCAGGGUACUUUGGCUGAGCGUUUGAGGGCUGGAGGUGCUGGCAUCCCGGCCUUCUACACGCCGACUGCUUACGGAACUUUGGUGCACGAGGGUGGAGCGCCCAUCAAGUAUGGAGCUAAGGGAGAGGUCGAAAUCGCGAGCGAGGCUAAACCAAGCCAAGUCUUCGAUGGUAAAAAUUACAUUCUGGAAACCUCUAUCACCGGAGACUAUGCUCUGAUUAAAGCUUGGAAGGCCGACAAAUUCGGUAAUCUCAUAUUCAGGAAAUCAGCACGCAAUUUCAAUACGCCCAUGGCAAAAGCCGCAAAAAUUACCAUCGCCGAAGUCGAGGAAAUCGUCGAAGUGGGUCAACUGGAUCCCGACGAAAUUCACUUACCCGGAAUCUUCGUCGAUCGCGUCAUCAAAGGCGUGAACUACGAAAAGAGGAUUGAAAGGGUGACCGUGAGGAAAUCGGAACCUGGCAAGGAUUCGGUGGCCAAGAAGAACCCGGCGGCUUUGAUGCGCGAGAAAAUCGCGAGGCGCGUGGCCAUGGAGUUCAAGGAUGGCAUGUACGUUAAUUUGGGAAUUGGAAUGCCGAUGCUUUCGUCCAAUUACAUUCCGGAUAACAUCGAAGUUUUCCUUCAGUCGGAAAAUGGCAUUUUGGGACUUGGAGCUUAUCCAGCCAAAGCUUGCGUGGAUGCGGAUCUCAUCAACGCUGGAAAGGAAACUGUCACAGUCGUACCUGGAGCGUCCUUCUUUGGAAGCGACGACAGCUUUGCUAUGAUCAGAGGUGGACACAUCGAUUUAACCAUUUUAGGAGCAAUGGAAGUGUCUCAAUACGGAGAUUUGGCCAAUUGGAUGAUUCCCGGUAAAAUGGUGAAAGGUAUGGGUGGAGCCAUGGAUUUAGUGGCGGCGCCGGGAACAAAAGUGGUAGUCUGCAUGGAGCACACCGCCAAGGAUGGAAGUCCAAAGAUUUUGGAAGGUUGCACCUUACCAUUGACCGGAAAGAAUUGCGUUGACAUGAUAAUUACAGACAGGUGCGUCUUUGAAGUGCACCCAGAGAACGGUUUGACUUUGGUCGAGUUGGCGGACGGUGUGCAAGUAGAAGACAUUUUAACAUCAACCGGUUGCAAUUUCGAUGUCUCCCCCGAUCUCAAGAAGAUGGGUCAAGUCGAAUCUUGCCAUGCUUAAGAUGGUUGCUUUAAUUAUAUUUUUUUUUAAUUGUAAAAUACAUCAUUUGUUUUUUAAACACUUUA